GCGUCGGCGCUGCUUCCCGUUGGUCGCAUCCGUUGCUUCCGGUGCGACUCGCAAAUGCAAAACUACUCUUCGAUUCUUCGUGCUAUGAUUUCUGUGAUUUUGUGAUCGUUGUGCACAUAUUUCGGCAAGAGAAUCGACUGACAAGAUGCAGAACGAAGCGGGUGAGAUGACGGAUCUCUACAUCCCAAGGAAAUGUUCUGCUACCAAUAGGCUCAUUACAGCCAAGGAUCAUGCCUCGGUCCAGAUCAAUAUUGGGCAUUUGGAUGAGAGUGGCGUUUACACCGGCCAGUUUUCCACUUUUGCACUUUCUGGCUUUAUCCGAGCUCAGGGUGAUGCUGAUGGUUCUUUGGAUAGACUUUGGCAGAAGAAAAAGGUCGAAGUGAAGCAGCAGUAGAAGUCAAUUGUCGAAGCAAUGCUUGAUUAAAAUUCCCUUCCCUUCACGAAGGGAUUAACUACUGUUAAGCCCACUUAGCUUUGCGCGAAGCCUAAAUUUUGUGCUCUAUGAUGACGAUGACAUACUGGUGCUGCUUGGUCUUUUUAAACCCCAUUCGAACUCUUUGGAUUAUUACUAUUACUUCUAUGUAGCGUAGUGUGUUCCAAUGGAAAAUAAAUGACUGCCUUAUUUUUGGCCAUAGCUGAGUUGUGUUUUCUGAUGCAAUGGAAAAUAAAUGCUGUUUCAUUUCAUGAUUUCAUUGAAUGGAAAUUUAUUAGUAGUCA